GCCAUCCAACCCUCUUCUGCUGGUGUUGCUGGGUCUGCAGGGGCCUCUGGAUUUUGACAAUGUUGUGUCAUCUGCACUGGAUGAGGACAUCUCUUUUCAAAUCAUCCAUGCUACAGAUGACGACAUGCAAUGGUGCAGCUCCACAGGCGCCCCCAGCUCCACAGCCAGCGGCAGUUCUGCAGCCACUUCCAGAGGCCCAGCCAGCAGCUGCGCCCCACCUAGCUCUUGCACCCAAUCCAGCUGCUCCACCACAGCCAGCUGCAGCACCCAACCCAGCUGCUGCACCCUGCCCAACUGCUGCAUCCAAGCCAAGCAGAAGGCAUACAACUCCUGCUGAUCUACAGUUAUGCUUAAAUGGACACAAGAGGCUGCAGCUGCUUUCACUACCGUUAAAGAAGAAAUGGCCUGGUUUCCUCACCUUACUUAUCUGGAUCCUAAGGCACAAAUGUUUCUGACCACUGAUGCCUCUUCUACAGCUGUCAAUGCAGAACUGCAGCAGACCAGCAAAGAUCGACAAGCUACCGAGCAGAUUUGCCCAAGAGGGGGAGUAUUGUGGUGCCCCGAAGCUUCGAAGCAAGUCAGCAUCACAAAGCACCCUCUUGGCUCCAUGAAACACCACUACAAGUAGGCCACGUCACUAAGGCCGAGUCAGCGUAGGAUAUAUAGGGAGGCAGAACUGUGGCAGGAGGCAACCCCUGACUACCUACACACUGCAGCUUAGGCUGUGCCUCUCCUCACCACACCUCGAUUAGCCUCACCCUGUGCUGCCUGCUUCCACACUGGGUACCAAUGUAUUGGAUCAACUUCAACUCAAGUCUGAUGUAUUGCUGUUUACCUGACUGCUGCCUCACCAUGCCCAUCCCUACGUUUCAUUGCAGUGCAGAAGUGGAUACUUUGGAGUGAACUGUUAAUUGUGAAUAUGUUAUGGAUAUUUUCUUGCAUAUUAAAAGGCUAUAGCACUGUGCGUGGUUAAGUGUAAGUGCCUGUGAUGAGACACAGCACCGUUAAGGAGGGACCAAGUGGAAAAGGAGGGACAAGCAGUGGGACAAGGUGAAGCCAGGUCAUCCUGCAAGGAAGCAAGGUGACCCCUGUGACGACAUAGACACCACAAGACUGUGAAGGACCCUACCUGUGGGUCUUCCUUAAUGCAAUCACCACUCCUCCCACAGCGUCUUCACAACUGGCGAGUCCAUGUGAUAAUGUGGUCAGCUCACCAGACACCUAGACCCUGACCUGCCUAAGGAACUGCACGGGACUUCCACUCAACAUAGAGAGAGAUAAGCGCUCUGGGAUCCAUAGUGUUUAGUUAGUUAGCUAGGUGGUGCAACCCCAAAGAGGAUUUUAAUGGAUAGGAAUCCUCCUCAAUCCGUUUUUUUGUGUGUGUUUGUGUGUGUGUGUGUGUGUGUGUGUGUGUGUGUGUGUGUGUGUGUGUGUGUGUGUGUGUGUGUGUGUGUUAUCUUGAUUUUGUAAUCUUGAUUGUCUUAGCAAAAGUAUUUAUUUCUUCAUUAACUUUCCACUUAAACCAAUGAAUGAUUGUUUUUUUUCUUCUCCUCAACUUUCAGGAACACUUGUCUUCAAAUUACACCAGUAAGAUAUACACAUAUAAGUUUUUUUGUUUUCUGGAAUGGAUGGAUGGAUGGUUGCAUAAAUGGAUGGAUGCAUAGAUGGAUUGAUGAAUGGAUGGAUAAAUGGAUGGAUGAAUGAAUGAAUGAAUGAAUGAAUGAAUGAAUGAAUGAAUGAAUGAAUGAAUAAAUGGAUGGAUGUAUAGAUGGAUGGAUGGAUGGAUGAAGGGAGAAAAGCAAAAGGUCAGGUAAGGGAGAGAGAGGGAAUGGGAAAGAAAAGAUGUGUGUGUGUGUGUGUGUGUGUGUGUGUGUGUGUGUGUGUGUGUGUGUGUGAGAGAGAGAGAGAGAGAGAGAGAGAGAGAGAGAGAGAGAGAGAGAGAGAGAGAGAGAGAGAGAGAGAGAGAGAGAGAGAGAGAGAGAGAGAGAGAGAGAGAGAGAGAGAGAAAGAGAGAGAAUUACACACAUGCAGUUUUGAUGUGAUGGUAGUACUUCACAGUUAGUGCUGCAUCACACCAGAUGUGAGGAUAAAAACACUAUUUUAGGGAUUUUGUCACCCAUUCUCUUCCUAUUAUUCAUCAAUGAUCUUCUAAACCAAACUUCUUUUUGUAUUUACUCUAACAUUCAUGAUACCAUCCUGCACUUUUCCACAUCUUUUUUGUUGAGGUCCAACUCUUCAGGAGGUAAACAGCUCAUCCAGGGAAGCCACAGAAUGCCUAACUUUGGAUCUCUCUAAAAUUUGACUGAGGCAGAGCAAACUUAGGAUUGUUCUAUGCCUCAAAAACUCAAUUCCUCCAUCUAUCAACUUUCCAGACAAUUAUCCCUUCUUUUCCAAUGACACUCAACUGUCCCACUCUUCUUCACUGGACACCCUCAGUCUAAACUGGAAACUUCAUAUCUCAUCUCUAGCUAAAACAGCUUCUAUGAAGCUAGGUGUUCUGAGACGUCUCCACCAGUUUUUCUCACUCCCCCAGCUGCUAACUCUGUACAGGGGCCUUAUCCGUCCAUGUAUGGAGUAUGCUUCACAUGUCUGGGAAGUUCCAGUCAUAACACCCUUCUAGACAGGGUGGAAUCAAAAGCUUUUCCUCUCAUCAACUCCUCUCCUCUAACUGACUGUCUUCAGCCUCUUCCUCAUCACCACAAUGUUGUAUCUCUUGCUAUCUUCACCUGCUAUUUUCAAGCUAACUGCUCUUCUGAUUUAGCUAACUACAUGCCUCCACUCCUCCCAUGGCCUUGCUGCACAAGACUUUCUUCUUUCUCUCACCCCUAUUCUGUCCACCUCUCUGAUGCAAGUUAACCAGUAUUCAUCCUUCCUUCUCUUCAGUCAUUCGUCCCUUUCUCUGGUAAACUCUGGAACUCCCUGCCUGCUUCUGUAUUUACACCUUCCUAUGACUUGAAAUCCUUCAAGAUGGAGGUUUCAAGACACUUAUCCUUCAAUUUUUGACCCUAUUCAGGGAUUGACAUCUCAAUGGGCCUUUUUUUUAUUGGAUUUUUGUUGCCCUUGGCUGGUGUCCCUCCUUUGUUAAAAAAACAGGACGGGACCAGGUGCCAAUUAGACCCGAGCAUGAUAAUAAACACUGGUUUACUUUUGGCUGUUAUUUUUCACCUAUUAUUUUUAAGAUUUUACUGAAAAAGCAAACACAUGCAAUGAUACACUCCUUGGAAGAAAACACCUCAUAUUCCAAAAUUUGUAUUUUCCACAUUUCAAGUGCAAUUUCACCACUAACUUACAAGAUAAUGCAAAUGUAAAGAUAUCUCUGGAAAGAGGAAAGAAAGGCCUUUUUUCCCCCAAGAACAGAUUUUUAAAAAGUUGUUCAUAUCAUGGUAAUUUUUUUUUUAAAUAAAAAAAUGGAACAUUUUUGUCAUUGAUGUCAUUGUUUGUCUUAUUUCUGUGUGAAAUGUCUUAUCGAAAAUCCAUUUUUAAGGGAAAUGAGGAAAUGUGUAUGUGUAUUACAGAGAAUGAUUUUUGAAGCAGUUGGUUGAAAAACAAAUGAGAAAUUCAAGUGAUAAUGAUGCCAUUUUUUUAUAUUUUGAGUGUUAAAUAUAUUUUUUUCCAAAACUAAUGAGCAGAUCUCAAUGAAAAUUAAGGGUUUCAUGCUCUACAUACUAAGAUACAUGCACACAAAAAAUCAUGUGUAUUGGAAAAAAUUAAUGUCACCUCUAAGAGUAACAAGCAUCCACUCCCCUCAAGUAACUAGAGUGGCUUUCACCUACAUGGACAUGGAUACAAUGAAAAAAAUAAAUACAACCAUGAUAUGCCCCAAUCUGGAGUAUGUUGCAGUCGCUUGGUCUCCACAUAGGUAGAAGAAUACAAGGAAAUUGGAAACAACACAGAUGACAGCAACGAAGAGGGUGCCAGAAUUGAUGGAAAAGACUUAGGAAGAGCGACUGGAAGAAACAAGAUUAAUAACAUUAGAAGAGAGAAGAGAAAGGGGAGACUUAAUAACAAUGUACAAAUUAAUAAACUGUAUGAAAAAGGCAGACAGGCAAGUUAUGGAGAUGCAUAUGGAUGAGGGAACAAGAUGUACGAGAGGACAUACAAAAAAACAUUAAGAAGAGUAAAUAUCUCAGUGACAUCAAGAAAUAUAGUUUCCUGUAUUAAAGCAUUGACCUCUGGAAUAGAUUAAGUGAGGAGGCGGUUACAGCUGUCAGUGUGAGCCAAUUUAAAAAGAAAUUGGAUAACUGCAGAUAUGGAGACGGGACAAAUGAGCUUUAGCUUGUACCCUGUACAAUACAACUAGGUAAAUACAAGGAAAAUACAACUAAGUAAAUACCCACAAAUAAAUAAAUAAGUAAAUAAAUAAAUAGUAAAACAGAAAAUGCUGUAAGUAAAGGAUAGUAAACAGGAAUAACGGUGCCUGCCUUGGAGGAAUGUCAGUGUGGUGUACAGACAGUAUAGGGAUGAGGGGGUAAGCCAGCAGACCACUGUGUUACUGAAAGCCUACCUGGUUAAUACCUUCCCACACUGAUGGAUGGCACCAACAACAUACUAUUUCUAUAACUUUUUUUAAUGCACAAGGCAGACACACCAGGGCCAAGAACAAAUUCAGAAAAGAGAAAAAGCCCAUUAAUUCUCUCCCAAAAAGGAAGAGAAAAGAAUUGCAAAUUCAGAUUCAUAGACCUGGUGACAGCCAAACUGAGAAGCACUUCACUUCUCUUGUGACAACAAAAGAUGACUUGUACACAUAACCUGGCCUCAUGAAAUGGUGAAGUCUGGAAUGCUGAUGACUUCCACACUGGAAAUCAAAAUCAAGUGAAGUCCCCAACAAAAAAAUCAUUAACCCUCUCACUGCUGUGUAAUUUUUACCAUAAUUACCAAUAACUUUUAUAUGCCACAGUCUAUUAAAUAGUUCUGUGGCCAAGAGGAGUCAAAUGAACAAAGGAUGACCACAAGCACAAAAGAGUUAACUAGCCACUCAAAAGACUGCAAGAAAAGUAAGCCUGC